AUGUGCUCGAAAAUACGGGAUGAGAGGAAUUACAAUCGCGAAACUCUUAGAGUUAGAAACGAGCAGAUGUUAGCCACUGUAACCAGCGAACAGAGAAGUGUUUAUGAUGAGAUCCUAGAAGCAGUAAAUAAGAACAAAGGAGGUAUGUUCUUUGUUUAUGGUUCUGGAAGUACUAGUAAAACUUAUUUGUGGAGUCUAUUAGGAUCUGCUCUACGUUCCCAAGGUGAUGUUGUUCUUAAGGUUGCAUCGAACGGGAUUGCUGCGUUUCUAUUAGAAGGAGGCCGAACUGCGCAUUCAAGAUUUGCAAUCCCUAUGGUGGUUAAUAAGUUUACCUUCUGUUCAAUCAAGAAGGUGUCGAAUCUUGCCGACCUGAUAAGGAUUGCUAAACUCAUUAUAUGGGAUGAGGCGUUGAUGAUGAGUAAAGACUGUUUCGAGACUCUAGAUAGAACGAUGCGUGAUAUAUUAGAAGUUGAUAAGCCCUUUGGUGACAAGGUCAUUGUUUUGGGAGGGGAUUUCAGGCAAAUAUUGCCAGUGAUUCCAAAUGCUGGGAAGACAGAGAUACUUAUGGCCACUUUGAAUUCGUCACCUCUGUGGUACAAAUGUAGAGUGUUGAGGCUUACACAGAACAUGCGACUUAUAGCUGGAGAUAAUAGCCGUGCGAUGCUUGAACGAGCUGCCUUUACAAAGUGGAUCUUAGACAUUGGUGAUGGAACGAUAAAUGAUGAUGGAAGUGGUGAAGCCGUGAUUGAUAUUCCUGAUGAUCUGUUGAUUAAAGACUGUAAAGAUCCUAUAAAAACGAUCGUCAAAGAAAUUUAUGGGAGUUCGUUUUCGAAAGAGACUGAUCCUAAAUUUUUCCAAGACCGUGCCAUACUGAGUCCAAGAAACGAUGAUGUAGAUACGAUAAAUGAUUACAUGCUUUCAAAGAUUUCGGGUGUUGAAAAGACCUAUCUUAGUUGUGAUAGCAUUGAUACGGCUGAAGAAGUUGUCAAUUACAGUGAUGCAUCUGAAGUACCCUCGGAGAGUGUAGCCAGUAAGAAUAAAGGUGGUUCCAACAAUAUGAUUUAUACCGAGGAGUUUUUAAAUAGUAUCAAGAUGUCUGGUUUCCCUAAUCAUGUCCUGAAGUUGAGAGAGGGUAGCAAGGUUGGUGAGAAAGUACAGAUUCCUAGAAUAUUCUUCUUUCCUUCGGAGAUGAAACUUCCUUUGAGGAUGAGACGCAAGCAGUUUCCUAUCACAUUAGCUUUUGCAUUGACUAUAAACAAAAGCCAAGGACAGACACUCGAAAAGGUUGGUUUGUAUCUUCCAAGGCCGGUAUUUACUCAUGGACAAAUCUAUGUCGCUGUGUCGAGGGUUACAUCCAGAGAAGGUUUGAAGAUAUUGAUCACCGAUAAAGACAACAAACCACAAAGCAAAACAUUGAAUGUCGUCUACAAGGAGGUUUUUGACAAGAUAUGA